UUGUCGACAAAAUGAUGUCGCUGUCGUUACGUCGUGAAGUUGCAGUCGUCAAAGUGUUCCGAGCUUUACUUUAUGCGUUUAAGCCAAGGUAAUAGUCAGCGAAUAAGAUUUAAUUUUUUAUAUCUCAAGGAAAUUAUUGUUACUUGUGGAACGAAACAGAAGGAAGAUUAAAUGCAGAAGAGUUUUCCAGCGUGUGGAUGGAUUUGAUAGAAAAAAAUGUAGUACCAAAUUCUUUUUGGUUGUUUGUGUUUCCGACAGGGUAGGAAUAGUACCAAAUAAUAGUCCCGGGGGGCAAUUACAGUAAUUUUUUAUAGCGACGAAUGCACAUAUCAAAACCGAAACAGUAUUAUGGCUAAUGCUUUGUUAUCCACAGCUAUAAAUAACAAUAUCAUUAUUGAGCAAAAGUUUCUUGAAGUAGGCCAUACCCAAAUGGAAGCUGAUUGUAUCCAUUCCACUAUCGAACGAGCACUUAAGAAAAGAGAUAUCCAUGUUCCUGCAAAAUACAUUGAACUUUCGUCCCGGUCGCGGCAAAGAUGCUGCUAAAGUAACUGACAUACGAGCCCUACCGUAUACAGCAAGUGGCGACAUACAUUUUAAAGUAAGAUUCUCCAACAAAUGGGAAGUAAUACCGCAAAGAAAAUCCCCAGUAGCUGUUUCCUUGCCGUUUUCUCAUCUUCCGAAUUUAUACGAGAGUAGGCGUAAGAUUGCUCGCAGAAAGUAUGAGAUCUCCAGUAUUUCAAACGAUUACUUCCUGAAGAUUACCACGCCUACUAUAACAAUUUACCUCAUGAUUGAAUAAUAUGUAUCAUACUUUCUGGCAUUAUUGAGUUCCUACUUAAAUUAUCUUAUAUGUGGUCUUUGUACUAUUAAUUUGUAUAGUUACUAAUAUAUGUUUUAUA